AUGUGGUAUCUCAAAACCAAUUUGUCUGGCGAGGCUGGCAAACUAAUCAGUCAUCUAUCCUUGACAGAGGAUAAUUACAAAACGGCAUGGAUGUUGCUGCAAGAACGUUAUAACAAUAAGCGGGUUCUUGUUUCCACUCUAGUAGAACGGAUUUUGAGUCAACCAAAUGGAACUUCAUCAACGGCCUAUAUCAAGGCUCUGCAUGACAAUACAAAGGAAUGCAUGCUAGCCCUCAACAAUCUUCAAAUCGACACAACGUCUUGGGAUGCUCUAUUGAUUCAAUUGAUCACAAAGAAAUUGGAUCACGCUCUGUACAUACGAUUCAUGCAAUCACUGGCGAAUCCGAAGGAAGUUCCUACUAUGAAAGAGCUGUUUUCAUUUUUGGAACUUCAAUUCGAAUCAAUGGAAUCGAUUGGAAAAGCGGCAUCUACGCACAAGGGUUCAACCAAAACUGUUUCGUCCGUAACAUCAGUGGAGGAUCACAGGAGUUGUAAACUAUGCAAGAACGACUCCCAUCCAAUUUAUCAUUGUAAGAAGUUCUUGGCAAUGACAGAAGGUGAGCGAUUGAAAUGGAUACAGCAACAUAAAUUGUGUGUAAAUUGUUUCAAAUCGGACCAUGCAGCAAAAACUUGUUUUUCUGGCAACUGCAAAAUAUGUAGUAAUAAGCACAAUACACUGCUACAUUUGCCAAAAAAGUCUCAACCGUCGCCGAAGGCCUCAAAUCAAUCACCACCAACAAAAAUCGAUAUCGCACCAGUUAACGUUACUGCAGUUUCUUCGGCAUCAGCAGAAGAUCAGAAAAAUGUAAUUCUAGCAACGGCUAGAGUCAUCAUCAAAGCGACUAACGGUAUGUCAGGCGAAUUUAGAGCGGUGUUAGACUCGGGUUCGCAAGUGAACAUUGUGACGGAAAGACUCAUACAAAAAUUGUCACUUAGAACAGCAGAUGCCUCUUUAUCUAUUUCCGGAGUCGGAAGGAUUCAGAAGAAGGCUUAUCAUCGGGUAAACAUACAAAUGUUAUCAAGCAAUUCUGAAUUUUCCACAAAUUUGGAAGCAUUUGUUUUGCCCACAAUUAUACCUCCGCAACCAAAUCAUGAUUUGGAUAUACAAAACUGGCAAAUUCCCAAGAAUAUUAGAUUAGCAGACCCUAAUUUUAACGUUCAAGGAAAAAUUGACAUUUUACUCGGAGCUGAGUUUUACUUCAGUUUAAUGCAACCAGGCACAAUAAAACUAAAUGGUCAUCAACCCAUACUCCAAAAUAUUGCGCUUGGCUGGAUUGUAGGUGGUUUAGUUCAACAAUCGUCAACGGACGACACAUCAGCAGCGCUAACAUGCGCAAUUUUUAGUGAAACAUCACUGGAACAAGCUAUCGAAAAAUUAUGGAAACUUGAGGAAGUGGAAUCAACUGAAAAGGUCAUGUCUCCAUUAGAAACCCUUUGCGAAUCUCACUUCAAUCAACAUGUUAAGACGGAUCAGAAUGGUCGUUUCAUCGUCAGCUUUCCGUUUCAAGAAUCUCCAACAGCAUUGGGGAAAUCACAUGCAAUGGCUUAUAACCGAUUUAUGAGCCUUGAACGCCGACUUCUACAGAAGGAAGAUAUCCGAAGUCAGUACAUUAAAUUUAUGCGAGAAUAUGAACAAUUAGGACACAUGCAAAAGAUUGACGUGUGUACCGUAUCAAAUCCUAAAUAUUUUAUUCCGCAUCAUUGUGUUCUUAAGCCCGAUAGUACAACAACAAAACUUAGGGUUGUAUUUGACGCAUCAGCGAAAACUUCAUCAGGUCAAUCGUUAAAUGAUCUAAUGUAUACAGGACCAAUCGUACAAAGUGAAUUGUUUUCUAUUUUGCUGAGGUUUCGAUUGCCAAAAUUCGUCUUCACAACCGAUAUUGAAAAGAUGUACAGGCAGAUUUUAAUGCAUCCCGAUGAUCAAAGGUAUCAGCUAAUUAUCUGGAGAGAGGAUCCAUCCCAUCCAGUCAGUUAUUACAUACUUAAUACGGUCACAUAUGGGACACGUUCAGCACCGUAUCUGGCUACAAAAUGCUUACAAAAGAUUGCAAACGAGAACAUGGAGCGUUAUCCAUUAGGCUCACAAAUGCUGAAAGAUAAUUUUUAUAUGGAUGACGGUCUCGGCGGUACAGAUAGCCUAAGUACAGCUAUUGAAAUACAAAAGGAGUUAAUAACAAUCUUGAAACAACACGGCUUCAUUCUAAUACACCAAGAUUGCUGA